AUGUACUUCAUUCUCUGGUUCUUCGUUUACAAUGUUGUUUCUACGGUCAACUUGAUUACACCGCAAGAGCAACAACAGCAACCACAAACAAUCUUUGAACGCUUCUCACUCCAACAUUAUUUAAAAUAUAAUGAUUCAUUUCUACUCGAUUUAAUACACGAAGGAACGCCAUCCAAGAUAUUUGCCUAUUGCAGCCACCUGCUCGAUGUAUUUAAAUAUUCGUCUUCUAUUGAUAAAACUGCAUUGUUGUAUGCUGUAGCCACUGCAACGUUUGAUCUUGCUGACUAUAGACAUGCUCAUGAAUUGCUUUUGCGAAUUAAUCAAACUACAAAUGUGGAUUUAGAACUCAAUGAAACACAAAUGAUGUUAGAUAAAACACAUCAAGCCGUCUCUGCCUAUCUUCUUCAAUUGGAAUCAUUACCGGAUGAACAUUUUUUUUAUCGUUGGUCGCCCUUGUCAGAAAACAGUCUAACAACGACUCUAUUGAAAUCAUAUUCUCUCUCCCCAACAGUCGAAUAUCAACUACGAUCCUAUUUGAAAUACUACAAUUAUCAAUUAAUUAAUCAAACAAUCUUAUUACAGCUAAGGAGAUUAAUAGCAAUUGAAACAGGAAGGGUGGAACAAGUUUACGAAGUUACAUCUCAGGAAAUUUAG